AUGAAACUGUUCGGAAAAUUAAUUCUCACGUUCGGAUGGUUGAGAAUGAAAGUGUCGGGGUAUUUUGAAAAAUUUAUAAAUCUAUUAUUUGCAUUGCAAUGGAACAUCCACAAACACUUUCCACUGAACAAAGUGAAGCUUCAUAAGACAAACGCUUAUUUCACCUUAAAAAAUCGAAAUCAUUGA